GGGAAUGGCGGGAGAGAACGUGACAGCUGCAACUGUGAUGGAUACACCAACAGCAUCUACACACUGUCCAUCAGUAGCACCACCCAGUUUGGCAAUGUACCAUGGUACAGUGAGGCCUGUUCCUCCACAUUGGCUACCACCUACAGCAGCGGGAAUCAGAAUGAAAGACAGAUUGUAACAACAGAUCUAAGACAGAAGUGUACAGACUCUCACACAGGAACAUCUGCAUCUGCUCCAUUGGCUGCUGGAAUUAUCGCUCUGGCUUUGGAAGCAAAUAAUAAUCUCACCUGGAGGGAUAUGCAGCAUCUAGUUGUACGAACAUCAAACCCAGCCCAUCUUAACACAAAUGAUUGGGCCACAAAUGGAGUUGGGCGGAAAGUUAGCCAUUCAUAUGGAUAUGGACUACUGGAUGCUGGGGCCAUGGUGACUCUGGCCAAAAAUUGGACCACUGUGGGACCUCAGAGAAAAUGUGUCAUUGAUAUUCUCACGGAGCCAAAGUGA